AGAUGCUCCCGAUAAAAAUGGUUCCCUACUACCUGCAUUCACCGGCGCUGCUGAAUCACCUGCGUUGACUGGGACUCAAUGUCGUUGUAAGCAAGAGGUUCUCUCGCACUGUUUGCGGUACAUAAUUUUCAUACAAAGAAUAAUAAAAGCAUGACGUCAACUCAAGCGUUUGAUGAUAUCCCGUCCAAACGCCGAGCUCCUUCCACAUGGUCAAAGCCAACAGGCAACAAGCGUCUGCUCAUGCGGAACUGGAAGACAGGUUCUCCACGAGCCAUUUGGAGCUUCGUCACGACGGCGGCACCGUCCGCUUAUCGUACCUGAACGUGCUCAUGACGUUCAUGCUGUUCCUGACAGUGUUCAUGAUGGCGUCCGGCGUUGCCGUGUCGGCCGCCACCAGCUGGCUCGUGGGCUCGGUGCUCAUCCUGCCGGCCGUGCUGCUGCUCUGCGCCACGGCUCUCGUUGCCACCUGGGUCAUGAGCCGACACUCGGUGCACGAGCGCAGCUCCAGUGACCCGUUCCCGAGCGUCGUCUACUCGCCGCUGGCGCAGCACGACACUGACGUCGGGCAUGGCUCCGCUGCCAGGGCCCAAAGUGGCAUACUGCCGCAGCGUGGCCCCGAGAAGCCACGGCAGCAGUCCCACAGGGGUUACACGAACGUCGUCUCUUUUAAGGAGUAAAAGCGACCGUCUGUCCU